UUCUUGUUUGUUUUUAACAGUGGAUGGGCCAUGUGGCCCAUGUCAGCACAACACUACGGGUCCGCGCUGCGAGCGCUGUCUCCCGGGACACUACGGGAAUCCUGUACAGGGUGCGUGCAAGCCAUGCGCGUGUCCGCUGUUCGAGGCGAGCAACAACUUCAGCCCGAACUGCGCGCUCGCCAGCGCUCACGGCGACGAGUACGUCUGCACGCAGUGUCCCGACGGCUACACCGGCGACCAUUGCGAGAACUGUGACUUCGGGUACUGGGGUUCCCCCACGACCCCCGGGGGCCAGUGCGUGGCGUGCGAGUGCGGCGGGUCCCCGUGCCACGCCAGCACGGGCCGCUGCCUUACGUGCCCGCCGCACAGCGAGGGAGCCCGCUGUGACUUGUGCAAGGAAGGCUACUGGUUCGGCGGCAGUACAAGCAACACGAGCACAAGUAACUCGAGCGUGGCUGUGUCGUGCGUGUCGUGCGCGUGCGGCGCGGGCGCGCUGUCGGCCGCGUGCGACGCGCGGACCGGCCACUGCGCCUGCCGCGCCGGCUGGGCCGGCCGGGCCUGUGAUACCUGUCUGCAAGGAUAUGGAGAAAGUAGAACUUAUAUUUAUUGGGUGCUCAUGCUCCAACACGUGCAUCUUGAAGUUGAAUUAUCAGAACAUUUGGUUUAGGCAUAUCAGCGGGUUGUCCAGCCUGCCGCUGCGGUACCGCAGCACUAAACACAACGUGCGACGCAGUAACGGGGGAGUGCGCAUGCGCGCCGGGCGCCGCGCCGCCAUCUUGCGAUAUCUGUCUCGAUGA